CAACCCGGAGCAUCAUCUGGUCGCCUGGCAACCGCCCACGGCUCUAGCUCCGGAGGCGAAACUCACCAAACCGGAGUUACUGCCCGGACUCGUCCAGCCCGCGGUGAAGAGCCCUAAGGGAAGAAGCCUGGGGAAUCGAGGAACCCCUGGAGUCAUGUUUCUCAAACUUGCUGGCCAGUAAGAUUUUCCUGGGACACGUUAACAUGCAGAAAGAUAGAAAUAAACAAGACCUAAACCUGCUUCUGGACAUGUUAUCAACAAAGCUAUUGCUGGGAUGUGAUUUAUAGAGAAAUAAUGGUUCGACUAACUGUGGAUCUAAUUGCCAAAAACAGCCAUCUAAAGCCCCGAAAAGAAGAAACCACUGCACAAUGCUUGAAGAAAAUAACUCAUAUAAAUUUUUCAGACAAAAAUAUAGAUGCAAUUGAAGACCUCUCUCUUUGCAAAAAUCUCAGUGUUUUAUAUUUAUACGAUAAUCGUAUUAGUCAAGUCACUAACCUGAACUAUGCCACAAAUCUGACCCAUCUGUACCUACAAAACAAUUGUAUUCCAUGUAUAGAGAACCUCAGGUCAUUAAAGAAACUGGAAAAACUGUAUUUGGGAGGCAAUUAUAUUACUGUCAUAGAAGGUUUGGAGGGAUUAGAAGAACUAAGAGAGCUUCAUGUUGAGAGUCAGAAGCUUCCCCUUGGAGAAAAGCUUCUGUUUGAUCCAAGAACUCUUCAGUCUCUGGCAAAAUCCCUCUCUAUAUUAAAUAUCAGCAACAAUAAUAUUGAUGACAUAAGAGAUUUAGAAACACUGGAGAAUCUUAAUCACCUUAUAGCAGCUGACAACCAGCUACUCCAUGUGAAGGAUUUAGAGUUUUUACUGAACAAGCUGACAAAGCUCUGGAAAAUGGAUCUCAAUGGAAAUCCUGUUUGUCUCAAACCAAAAUACAGGGACAGACUGAUACUGGUGUCCAAAUCACUGGAAUCUCUUGAUGGAAAAGAAAUAAAAAAUGUGGAAAGACAAUUCCUAAUAAACUGGAAAGCAUCCAAAGAUGCCAAAAAAAUCAGCAAGAAAAAGAGCAGUAAAAAUGAAGAUGCAAGCAACUCUUAGAUAAGAAGUCCACCGUCACACUGAGUUUCUGACCUCUGUUGAAAAGAAAAUUUGAGCAAUAAAAAAAAAUUGUGAUGAAAUAAGGUU